GGAUAUUAAAUCUUUUUUAAAAAGGAAAUGGAGAACAUGUUCUCUGUAUUUUCUGAUUACAAAUUACUUUUAUUGUUAAAAAAUUUUGGGGGCGCCUGCGUGGCUCAGUCGGUUAAGCGGCCGACUUCGGCUCAGGUCAUGAUCUCGCAGUCUGUGAGUUAGAGCCCCGCGUACAGCUCUGUGCUGACAGCUCAGAGCCUGGAGCCUGUUUCAGAUUCUGUGUCUCCCUCUCUCUGACCCUCCCCUGUUCAUGCUCUGUCUCUCUCUGUCUCAAAAAUAAAUAAACGUUAAAAAAAUUUUUUUUAAUUUUUUAAUUUUUUUUUUUUUUGAGAACACACCUGAACCCAACCCACCUUGCCUGAACUGAAUGCACCAAUUAAUAAACAAACAGUAUCCUACACACUCAAUGUACUGCUUGAGAGCGUGGACUCUGAAGACUAUAUGCAUAUCUAAUUAAUGCCUAAAUUAUGGGAACUGAAUACUGACACCGUAACUUAAAUAGCUGCGGGACCCAGAGUAGGUUACUUAGCUUCUAGAAGCUUUAAAAUUCAAGGUUACUUGUGAAGACUAAGCGAAUCAGUAUCCACUUCAAGCACGGACACAGUGCCGGCACUGCAGAACUAUACACGUAUUAGCUUCUAUUACUAUUGGAUUCAAAACAUUGUGCUAACUCUGGCGAGGAGAAUGACGAAUCAAAAUCCAGUCUCUAUCCGCAAAGAUGGGAGGGGGAGGGACACACACAAAAGCCACGUAGGAGUCACAGCGGCAGGAAAACGCGCUAAAACCGGGGAUGGGCAACAAGUGUGCAUUUAGAAGGAGUUAUUUAUUCCGAAGAGAGUCGAGCCGGGGACACCACCGGAGCAAACAGCAUUUGAACCACGUUCUAGGAACGCGCAGGACCUCCCCGAGCGACGAAUAAGAAGACACGAGGGAAACCACAGAGGAUCUUGGCAAAGGCACAAAGACUAACAUUGACCUGCUCUUUCCCCAGGACACCAGAAACGCGGGACCGGCUGGAGAACAGAACUGGUUACAGAAUGCUCAUCACGCAAAGGGCCACGAGACCGCAAAAUGCCAAGAGAUCUCUGGCGAACUGAACUGGUUGCAGUGUUCCACGCAAAACGCCACGACACCGGGAUGACACGGUUAACAAAAACAGUAUCGGUAACAACAGACCCCAAGGUACUAAGCUGUAGAAAGGAAAUAAAGAACAAAGGUGUCGUUAAGAAUGCCAGGACUACCACGACCCAGUCGCUGUCCACAGUCUUCUAGGCGCCGGGCUUGGAGACAACGCGACUCGGGGCCGGCAGACGGCGAAACAGCGCCUCCCGCAGGCGGCAAGCGAGCUGGGGAAGCGCGGAGAGGAAAAAAACCUGCGGUGAGAACUACAGCUCCCACUGAGGCCUGGCCGACAGCCCCCUCCCCAUAUUUCCGCUUCCGCCGCCCGCUCUUACGUACGGUCCGCUUGGGGACCUACCGGGGAGCGGGCCUGGCGCGUGACCGCGCGUGACCCCGCGUGACCGCGCGUGACUCCGCGAGCCGAGAGGCCGGGAGGCGGGAUUCUGGGGCCCCAUUGGUAGAAAGACGACCCGAAAAGGUGGAACCCAACUUGAAAAUCUCUAUGGGGAUUGGAGUUGAUAAGACAAGGGCGGAGCUAAAUGCCCGGAUCCUGGCCAAUCAGAGUCUGGGAUCCGCCGGGAGACCGGGAAGGGGAAAGGGGCGAAAUGGUUCUGUGGUCACAUGCCUCGGGGUCUAGUGGGAGGAGCAGUUGCCCAGAGGACGCCUGGUGCUUCCUGUUUCCGGUUCCCGGAGUGGUGCACAGCGAGGCGUCUUGGGGAACGCUGGCCUUUGACACGAGUUGUGGGUCGGGGGUCUGCGGCUGGCCCCUCGCUGGCCCUGUCUCCCAGCCCCAGGCAGGUAUUCAGCCGGGGAUUCUGCGCCUUGGCUACUCCCUUUGCCCGUGACACGAUGUUCCCCUUCUGCAGCUGCUGGAGGACUGGACUGCUCCUGCCACUGCUCCUGGCUGUGGCAGUAAGAGAAUCCUGGCAGACAGAAGAAAAAACCUGCGACCUGGUGGGAGACAAGGGUAGAGAGUCAGAGACAGAGUUGGCUCUACUGAAGAGGCUGCAACCACUGUAUAACAAAAGCUUUGAGAGCACUGUGGGCCAGGGCCCAGAUACAUAUAUCUACAUGUUCAGGGUGUGCCGAGAAGCUGGCAACCGUACCUCUGGGGCAGGCCUGGUGCAGAUCAACAAAAGUAACGGCAAGGAGACAGUGGUAGGGAGACUCAACGAGACCCACAUCUUCAAUGGAAGUAACUGGAUCAUGCUGACCUAUAAAGGGGGUGAUGAAUACGACAGGCACUGCGGCAUGGAGCAGCGUCGUGCAGUGGUGAUGAUCUCCUGCAAUCGACACACCCUAGCGGACAAUUUUAACCCUGUGUCUGAGGAGCGAGGCAAAGUCCAAGAUUGUUUCUACCUCUUCGAGAUGGACAGCAGCCUGGCCUGUGCCCCGGAGAUCUCCCGCCUCAGUGUGGGUUCUAUCUUACUAGUCACGUUUGCAUCACUGGUCGCAGUCUACGUCAUCGGGGGGUUCCUAUACCAGCGACUGGUGGUGGGAGCCAAGGGAAUGGAGCAGUUUCCUCACCUAGCCUUCUGGCAAGAUCUUGGCAACCUGGUAGCAGAUGGUUGUGACUUUGUGUGCCGUUCUAAACCCCGAAAUGUGCCUGCUGCGUAUCGUGGUGUGGGGGAUGAUCAGCUGGGGGAAGAGUCAGAAGAAAGGGAUGAUCAUUUAUUACCAAUGUGAUUGCACUUUAAAUGCCCAGCUGCUUCUUCAGUCCCCCAAACCAAAGCAUACUCAGCCAGAUUUCUUAAGCAGCGUCCACUCCAGGCUCUCAUCCCACCCUUAAUAUUGCUCUUGCUUUCCAGUUUGCUUUUGAUUUGCAUUCUCUUCUCACUAGCAGAAAUGCCUUUCCUUUUUCCCCGAUUCUGUUUUUCCUCUAGAGAGGUACAGUUACAGGACAGAGAUAAAAUGAUAGGGCCUGUGCAAAAGAGGCUAUUACACUAUCUCUUGGUGUCAGAAGGUACAAAUAGGAUAGUUCUAGUGAGCAAAAAAGCGUAGCAGGCUCCCUGACCUUUUUAAACACAUUUUCACAAGUUUUUGAGACACUGGAUUUGUUUAAUUAAAAAAAAAAAAAAAAAAAAGGCAAGAAACAUUAUUUAUACAAGGUUUGAUUGCUUUCAUGCCGUUACUCUGCACCCUACAGUGGUCUCCAUGAGAAUCUGGAUGUGAUCUCUUGCUGCUUGGAACUACUCUACAGUGAUCAUUUGGUUGCAAUCCAAGUAUUGCCAUUUGGUCUGAGCCCGGAGAUGUUGCAGACUUCUCCCACCUCUGGGAUUAGGAUGGGGAAGAUGAUUCAUUUCCCACUUAGAGGAUUAUAAAAUACUAUCCCAUCAGUUGUUGGCAUUGGAGUGACCUUAUAGCUGGAACUGGGCCCUGGAUUGUGGGUUCAUGGUCAUUAGUCCCCAUGUGGCUGGAAGUCUAGUCUGCUGAAAAGGGAAAGUGAAUCAGACCCCGUGUGCUACAGGGGUUCCAGAAAAGGAAGUCUGUUUACCUGUAGCGGGACGUCCUCAAUGGCUUUCUUCUCCCACUUGCAGUAAAAGCUGGUAGAGCUUUUCUUCUAAGAUGUUUCCCUCUACUGGUAUUUCUAAGUAUGUUGCACUUUCUUCGCAGGCAUGUCGACCUUCCCCCACCCAACCCUACCCCCCAAAAUCUUCUGGAAAGGGAAUGAAAGCAGAGGUGGGACAUCUAGGGCUCUGCCAUCCUGUGCUCUGGGUGUGGAAUGCUGCCACGCUUGUCCCUUCUGGCUCAGGGAAGGACCUUCUUGCCCACAGCAGUUCUGUGGGGGGAGGUUUGGAAUCCUCUGAUGCUUCCACUUUCUUGUUUAGGCCAUGUGCCCACAAGCCUGGCCCGAUCUUUCUGUGAUAGUGAACUUGGGCCAGUGAAGACUAACAUGGCUCCACUGGACACAAGAGGACGGAGUCAACAGGCAGGGGCCUUUUAUAGCCUUUAGGGAAGAAAAUGAAAUUAUUUCAUCUUUGGA